CGCGGCGCAGCAUGGAGCGGCGGCGCUGAGCGCGGGGAGCGGCGGCCUCCGGCCCGGCCUUUGUCUCUCCGGUUCUCCCGGGCGACGCGGCUGCGGGCGGAGGAGCCGGCGGGGCCGGGCCGUGCCCCCCCAUCCCGCAACACCGCGCUCCGCCCCGCACCCGGCGCCGCUCCGCACCGCGCCCCACCCGGCGCCGCUCUACAGGUGCGGGGCUGCUGGGCAGCGGGGGAUUCGGCCGGGGAACUUGGUCCCGGUGGGGGUUGGGGGGCGGCGGAGCCGGUGAGCGGAGCAGGGUCCGGUUCGGGGUCCGGUUCGGUCCCCGCCGGGUCGGGUCGCUGUGAUGCGUUGGCCGCCGUUCCGAAGCUCCGCGGCCGCCCCCAACUUUCCCCGCUGACGGCCGCGGGGCCGCGGGCGAUGGUGAGCUCCGGCCGCCCCCCCGCUGCCGUCGUUCCCGGCCGGGCCCGGAGCCGCUCCGCCGCCGCCCGCUGAGCCGCUCCGCCGGGACGAUGCCGCGUUGGGAGGCGGCCGCGUUGCUCGCGGCGAUCGUCGGCGUCUGCGUAUGGAGCGACGACCCCGGUAAAGUGAUCUCGGACCGCUACGCCGUCUAUUGGAACCGCAGCAACCCCAGGUUCCACCGCGGGGACUACACGGUGGAGGUGAGCAUCAAUGACUACCUGGAUAUCUACUGCCCACACUACGAGGAGCCGCUGCCUGCUGAGCGCAUGGAGCGCUACGUCCUCUAUAUGGUGAACUACGAGGGCCACGCGUCCUGCGACCAUAGGCAGAAAGGCUUCAAACGUUGGGAGUGUAACCGACCCGACUCACCCAGCGGACCCCUCAAGUUCUCUGAGAAGUUCCAACUCUUCACCCCUUUUUCUUUGGGCUUCGAGUUCCGCCCCGGCCACGAGUAUUACUACAUCUCUGCGUCCCCCCCAAACGUGGUGGACAGACCCUGCCUCAAGCUGAAGGUUUACGUUCGGCCGACGAACGAUUCCCUCUAUGAGUCCCCAGAGCCCAUCUUCACCAGCAACAACUCGUGCUGCAGCCUUGCAGUGCCUCGUGCCGUGCUGGUGGCCGCUCCGGUCUUCUGGACUCUGCUGGGCUCUUAGCACCACAGGACGGAUGGGAUGGGAUGGGACAGAGCAGCCUCAGCACCAACACAGGACAGAGCUGGGGCUGCAUCACUGCCAGGAGCCCCACUGCACCCUGCCCGACCUGCAUCCUGCAUCACAGCAGGGAAUGGGGAUCACCAUGAGCACGGAGAGCACCCAUCCCUGCAGCAGCAACCUUCCCAUAGGAUGCUGCUUUUUACAUUUCUAGACCAAAUAUAGAGUCCUGUCGGGUGUUUUUUGGGGGUUGGUUUGGUUUCAUUUUUUCCUUUGUUGUUUUUUUUAUUUGUUUUACAAGAUUUUUUAUUUUUCUUGGCUGGUUCUGCCCUGGUUGCCCCGUGUCAGACUGACCCACACGGGCACCCUGUGGCACAUCGCCCUCGCCUGGCACGGCGAGAUGGACGGACAGAUGGAUGCAGCACGGUGCCACCCGCACAUGGGGACACAACCCUGGAUGGACACGAGGACAGCAGGGCAGCCCCAUUCUCUUUGCUCACCGUCCCCAUGGGGCAGCCAUGCAGCAUUACUUGGGGGUCCCACGUGGCACCGGGAGCCCCUCCGGGCGCUCGGCUGGAUCCGGGGCUGGAGCGGGGCAGUGGGCACUGCCUGUGCCUCGCUGGGGCUGGAUCUCCUGCACCAGAAUGGAGCAGCCUUUGGGUCGAUGCUCUCCACCUCCUCGCUGCCUCCCAGCACAGCUCUGCCAUCGAUGUCAUCCUGGAGGUGCAUUUGGGGCCAACACGCAGCCGUGCUCACGGUGCCCCCAACGGCUUUGGCUUCUUCUCUUCCUUCUCUACACCCACGUGGAAAUCCCGAUCUGCCAUCAGCCCCAAAGGACGGGGCUGGGAGAUGAACCAGAGAGGGGCCCGGCCCCUCCUCGCCUUAAAUCCAGGACUGCACCCCCCACCCCCAAGGGGGGGGCUCACACUGGGGAUGGCAGCCCCGAGCCCACCCCAUGGACACCACGUUCCCCACUUGGCCCCCCCAAUCCAACCCUUCUAUUAGGGUCUGGGCCCCCCCUGUACAUACAGCUGUAUGUGAGCGUGUGGUUUUUUGGGGUUUGGUUUCUUUUCUUUUUGGGGUGGGAUAUGGGGGGGGGGUUUAAUGUAUUGUCGAGAAUGGAUUUUAUGGAAAGGGUUUAUUUUAUUUCUUAUUUUUUUGUUGGCCAUUUUCUAGACUUAGGACUUGCUGAAAUCUCUCUGCAAUAAGCUCAUCUCCAACCAUCAAAAAGAGAAAACGACAAAAAAAAGAAAAAAAAAAAAAAGCCCUAAAAUAUAUAUAUAUAUAUAUAAUUAUUAUAAUAAUAAUAAUACAAAACAACACUAAAAGAAGCAGCAUUCCUCCCCCUGUGCCCCCCCCCCAUCUCCCUGUAUGUGUCCUGACCGGGUCGUGGUUCUGGAAGGCAAGUGGGUACAACGUGGCUCUCCAGGUACCCUUAAGGGUCCUCAAUAUGGAGCAGCCCACCCCCAAAUCCCCCCCUCAAGCCUUCGGUUCUGUGUUUUAUAUAUAUAUAGAUUAUAUAUAUAAAUAUCUAUAUUGUGUACAGCGACUGUGAGAGAGAUGGGGAGCAGCGCUGAGGGCAGCAGCACUCGCAGGGAGCUCUGAGCAGAGGGGAGGAAAAAGGGGGGUGGACCAGGGGGGGCUUAGGGGUGGGGAGGGGGGGGUUGUGGGGAGUCGCUUUGGGUCAGUCUUUGCGUUGGGAGCAGCCCAUGGUGGGUGCUGGGGGUUGUUUUCUAUUAUACGUGUUGGUCUCCUAUAGCUUCGUCCUUCACCACGCCGCUUUUUCGUCCUUCGACGUCGUGCUGAUGGUAAAUCCGGAUCACCACCUCAUUUGGAUUCUGUAUUUUUUUAUAAUAAAAUAAAAAAGAAAUGUCAUGUGA